AUGGAAAACAAUACUAAUAAUAGUAAAGGAAUGAGAAAAGGAGCUUGGAAUAAAGAGGAAGAUCUUCUUCUCAGAGACUGCAUUCGUAAAUACGGAGAAGGGAAAUGGCAUCUCGUCCCUCUCCGAGCUGGGUUGAACAGAUGUAGGAAGAGUUGCAGGCUGAGAUGGCUCAAUUAUCUCAGACCAGAUCUUAACAGAGGCUUUUUUACGAAUGAUGAAGUUGAUCUCAUCGUCAGGCUUCAUAAAUUGUUAGGGAACAGAUGGUCGUUGAUCGCCGGCAGACUUCCCGGACGGACUGCCAACGACGUCAAGAACUUCUGGAACAGCCACAUUUCAAAGCGACCGCCGCCUCCGCCCAAAGAAAAAGCCAUCACCGAGAGCAACAUCGUAAGGCCUCGAGCUCGGACCUUCUCCAACUCACACCCACCGGCUUGGUCCACCAAACUAAUCGCUUCCGAGAAAAUUCCAACGAACAACGAUCCAACGAGGCCGUCUUCAUCGGCUCUGCAGGACGAUCUGGACGAGUGCAUGCGAUGGUGGGGAGACUUGCUCGAGAUGUCGGAAAAUGGGGAAAAAAUCCGUUUAUGUUCUCCGAUAAUAACGUGGCGAGUUUGCCCGAGCCGGGGAUCGGCAAUCUAG